CACGAGUCACCGACACGCACAGAUGCGCAGCGUCCAAUAAAGACACCCACCCCCCCACACAGAGCUAGCAGGUGGUGAGUACGAGUUUGGGCAUGAUGCACAUGGCCAUGAGCUCCUGGAAGAGCAGCUUGCAGGCGUAGGGCAGGCAGAUCUGGCUGAUGUCGGUCUUCUUCUGACACGCGCGGCACUCGUAAUGGUGACGGUGCAAAGUCGCCACUGCAAAAGCCCCACACUGACACACACACACACACACACACACAGAGAAAGAGAGCGGUGGAUGGUGGGUGGGAUGCUUCUGAGGAACUGACUGGGCUCACUCACCUCGUCGCGUACGUGGACUCGGUAAGCAUCGCUCAUGUCGAAGAGUCACUCCUUGACCAUCUUGGCCGCCCGUGGGAAAUCAUGCAGUCCCUCUCCAUCUCACCAAAC